GCACGUCAUUUUAACUUCCGGCAUAUUGACAGUUGCACGAUUUUGUGAAAAUUGUUCUUGUAUUGUUCGAUGUCUGUGUCACAGAAAAAAAUCUUGACUUAUUGAAAAGCCAGCUAUUCAGUCAUGCCUAAAAAAUUCAAGGGAGAGAAUACAAAAGCUGCAGCUGCUAAGGAGAGACGGUCAGCUCAGCAGGCAGAGAUUCAAUCCAAGAAACAAAAGGAAAUAGAAGAUGCGUAUUGGGAGGAUAAUGAUAAACAUGUUGCUAAGAAACAACAGCGCAAGGAAGAUAAAGAAAAGAAGAGACUGGAACUAUUAGAACAUAAAAAAGAGCUUGCAAAAAUGGCAGAAGAAGAAAUGGAAAGUAUAAAGGCACCAAAACCUAAAGCAGCACAGAAAUUAUCACGUGCUCAAAUUGCAGCACAGCAGGAGCAGUUGAGACAGGAAGCAGCAGCAGCUGAUGAAAAAGAAGCAUCACAGUUACAUCAUGAGGUACCUCUAGAAGAAAAUGUAAACAGACUAGAAGCUGAAGGACAUGAAGCAAGAUCUGUAGAAGAUGCCAUUGCUGUGUUAAGUGUUAAAGAAGCUGAACUGGAACGUCAUCCUGAGAAAAGAAUGAAAGCAGCUUAUCAAAAAUAUGAAGAGGAUAAUCUGCCGCAAUUAAAACAGGAAAAUCCAAAUAUGAGACUAUCACAAUUAAAACAAAUGUUGAAAAAAGACUGGAUGAAAUCUCCUGAAAAUCCUAUGAAUCAAAGAAUAGCUGAAUAUAAUGAAAAACGAUAGCAUAGGUUCUGUGUCAAUUUCUUACUUUGAAAUAUUAGCAGAUACUGGGAGAAGAUUGUAGAAACUAAUUUCAUAUCAAUUUCAUGGACUGGUUCACUGAUUUGAGAUGUUUGUUCCCAACAGAUAAUUUCUUGAACAGUGUAGCGCAUGCUUGAAAUUAUUUCAUGUAAAGUGCAAGUGACUUUAUUAUGAAAGCUAAAAUUGUUGACUAGAAACUGAUAUUCCUUUACAGGAAAUUUAAAAGAAUGAUUUUAGGGAGAAUGAUACAUGCAGCAUGCACUGAAUGGCUGAGAUAUACUUUGAUAGUGUUAAUCCUCCGUUUGUGUAAGACAAUACAGCAGUGUAGUUAUUAACACAAAGUUUGUUGCAUUUUAUUUUAACUUAUUAAAGUCUUACAGAAAUGUA